AGGUUCUCUGCGACAUUUUCACAAACAUCCAAACGGCAUGCCGUCAGCGUACUUCCCAUUUAUUAUAUUUUUCUUAACGUGGGACUUUGAGCUCGUUUUUAACAAGAAUCGUAUCCCAACGUUGCUAACGUUAUCUGUUUGGUUGUCUUCUUUGUUUUUCUUUAUAAUAUAUCCAUGAAAUGAAGAACAAGGGAAGAAGUAACAGUGGUUUUGUAAUUGGGUUUGGGGGUUUUCUGGGGUUUUCAUGGCGACUUGUAAUUUGUUAGGUGAAGGGAAUAAUGGGAGUAGUUGUAGUAACGGCAGCCGUGAAAUUAGUCCACUAACAGUGAUGACGACAACCGUGUCGAAUAGUAGCAGCGGGAGUAAUCCUUCAAAGAGGAAGAUGUUGAGGAAGAGGAUGGCACCGAAAGUUGCGGACUAGCACCGGUUUCCUCGCCGGAGUUUGCCUUCGAAGUAUGUAGUCGGGUGUUCUUUCUUGGCGAAGACUACGGCGGGUAAUGGUGUGGGUAAUGGUGACGACCGGUAGCUGGGCAAACAGAGCACAAGGGCUCAAAAAACUCUGCAGAGUAAAUUCACCAUGAAAUUGAAAUUCAUGGGUCUAGGUAUGAAUUUGAAAUACAUGAUUUUUAUAUCU